GCGGGCCCGGGCCGGCCCCGGGGCGGGAGCGGCUGAGGCCGAGGGCGAAGCGGCGGAGCGCGAUGGCCCCGGCCGUGGACCGCGCUGGCUACUGGGGUCCGACCACGUCCACCCUGGACUGGUGUGAGGAGAACUACGCCGUGUCCUUCUACAUCGCCGAGUUCUGGAACACGGUGAGCAACUUGAUCAUGAUCCUCCCUCCCCUGUACGGCGCCGUCCAGACCUUCAACGAUGGCCUCGAGAAGCGCUACCUAGCAGCCUACUUAGGUGUCACGGUGGUGGGCCUGGGAUCCUGGUGCUUCCACAUGACUCUGCAGUACGAGAUGCAGCUCUUGGACGAACUGCCUAUGAUCUACAGCUGCUGCGUCUUCGUCUACUGCUUGUAUGAGUGUUUCAAGGUCAAGAAUUCCAUCAAUUACCCGCUGAUUUUUCUGCUGGUCCUGUUCAGCUUGAUAGUGACCGUGGUUUACCUGAGGUGGAAAGAGCCUGUAUUUCACCAGGUCAUGUACGGCGUGCUGGUCUCCAGCUUAGUGCUGCGCUCCGUCUACAUCGUCACCUGGGUGUACCCUUGGCUUCGGGGGCUAGGCUACACAUCCUUGGGCAUCUUCCUACUGGGGUUCCUCCUCUGGAACAUAGACAACAUCUUCUGUGAAUUCCUGAGGACCCUGCGGGCAUCCAUGCCGCCGGUGGUGGGGGCCGUGACCCAGCUGCACGCCUGGUGGCAUAUCCUCACUGGCCUCGGCUCCUACCUGCACAUCCUAUUCAGUUUAUACACGAGGACUCUUUACCUGAGAUACAGGCCUAAAGUCAAGUUUAUUUUGGGGAUCUGGCCUGUGAUCCUGGUCGAGUCUCCCAAGACACACUGACCGCGGGCGGCCCAGCGGAGAAGAUGGGGGACCCCCUGCCGUCAGCCCGGACACCGAGGGGACCUCCGCUCUUCCAGCCAGUGAGAUCACGGCGCCGUUCGGGGCGGCCAGAGGACCACCAUCGCGCUGCCCCCGGGCCGGUCCCGAGGGCUGGGCAGCCGCUAUGGCUGGGGGGCGGGGGGGCUGCCUCUAUAUACCCGGGGGAUCCUUUGCCCCUUUAAGAGGCAGCAGGUCCGGUGUUCUAGUACACGCUGGCACGUGGGAGAACGAGGUGGCUAAAAUCGAUGGGGGGGGGAAGGGCGCCGGGGACGGCCCCCCGGGGGCUUGACUGCUCAGCCGUCUUUGGAGGUGGGAGGCCCAGGGUGUCUGGAGUCCGGUCUCUGACUGAAAUUGGUACGCGAGUGGGUGGUCGGUGCUGCCGGCUGGGGCGGGGAUGAGCUACUGUUAGGGAGUUGACCCCGAAGCGGGGCCCCGGGGCGUGGGUCCCACCUGCCAACUUGAUGCUAACCACUGCUUCCUGGGACCCGUCGUACCGCAGGAGGUACCGUGCGGUCCUGUGGGCUGUAUCCCCGCUGGUGCCAGAGGCUCCGGGCUGGGGACUACGUGCCGCCGGGUGCCGCGGGCUCUCUACCGCUGUCUGCCGCCCGGUGCCGCGGGCUCUGUGCCACCUCAUGCCGGGGACUUUGUGCUGCCAGCUCCGUGAUGGUAAACAGUGUGGUUUUGCCUGGUGUAUUCUUCUUUCCCUGGAAAGCUGGGUGGAGGACACCAACUGACGGCCACCCCGGUUCUUGUGCAGGGUGUGGCCACAUUCACCACCCUGGGCUUGCCAGCUGUCGUGCGCUGUCAUCCUGGCCCACCAUCCUCAGCCUCAAGCUCAACCAGCUGCAGCCUGUCCUGUCCCCCUCCCUCCCAUCGGUCAGUCUCCCCGGAGCCUCCCCCAGUUCCCCUGAAUGGCAUCACACCGCUGUGGAAUUGUGCCAUAUUAUACCCCACCCCAGGGUGUGUGAUGGGGAUGUCAGGAGAACUUCCAGGUGGGGCGGAGGGUACGUCAGACCCCGGCACGGAGGCACUAGUGAGCCCAGUAGGCCCGAAGGAAGUUGAGCACGGCUCUGGGUACCCCCGAAGCGGGCCGACCGGUGAGAUGAUCAGAUGAUUUUCCGGCCACCUCCCCAAGCUCGCGCCCUUCCCCUUCCCUCGUUGCGACCCAAGGACUGGGCUCCCUCAGCCUUGCAGGAUAUCUACACUACAAGUUCCAGACUGCCAAGGGACCUAAACUGAGCAGGGACUGAGCGAGCUCCGGCCAGUUGUGAAGAGUCAGAGCGGUAGCGGUGAAGAGAGCAACUGGGGGGGUCGUGCUGGCUUCACAGAGCGGUCUAGCCGGCUCAGUGCCAAUUCUGGACGUCAGCUUAGGCUUUCCUAAAAUGGCCUCCGGAAAUCCAAGACUCCCCAGGCGACCCCGUGACUUGCGGUCGACCUGCCCGGGGCACUCAGCCGGGUCGCGGCGUGAGAGUCCCGACCAGCGCUCCUUCUCCGCGUCGCCUCCGAAGGCCACGAUUGGCCCCGCCACCUUGAUUGGGCCCCCGCGCCCCCCAAAUAAAACUUUUGGAAAUUGGGUUAA